CUUUAAUAAACUGGAAAAUCGUGUCUAUACUGCAUUUAAUUUUUAUACAGAGGUACAUGUCUGUAAUGGACGACAGAAAUUUCCACUCUCAGUCCUACCAUUAUUCAGUCCUAGCGUAUCUUAACCGUUGAAAUCGAGGGAGAAAGGAAAAGUCAGGCAUAGAAGAUAAUGGACACAUUUUUCUCUUACAUUGAGGAUACUGACACGAAUAAAAGAUAUUAGGAGAGCCUGUUUUCAAGAUAGACUCAAGAAUUAGGGCGAUAAAAUAGGAGUAGCCGUCUUUGUAUGAUCUUUGAAUACGCUACCUUUCAUAUUUGAAUAAAUGAAUGAGAAUGGUCUUGCUUUAAGGUGCCGCUAGUAAUCAUAAAUGCCUUAUGCAAUACAAGAAGGUGCAUAUCGUCUUUGCUCUCUUUUAUACCUGAUUUGACUUAUCAAAAUUCGAGAUUUUGAUUCUAUUUUUUCGAUCGUUUGGUACAACAUACGUUUCUUUUUUUACCAUUGUUUGAAGGUAAAGGUCAUUGUUUUUUUGUGGGUUUAAAUGCUUUUUUGUAAAACUUUUACCUCGAUAUGAUAUAAAGUAUUUAUUGUAAUAUAGUAGAGUUUAGUAACUCACAGCAUUUUGAGCCAGUAAGAGAGCUGGGAAAUAUAUUUGUCACCUUUCUUUACCACAAUGUUGAACUAUGUUUUACUUAGAUAGUUUGGGAUCAUAGACGGAAUUUUUUCUCAGACAAGACACCAAAUCUAAGUAGUUCCUCGUGUAUAGGCUCAGUUAACAGAAGAACAUCAUGUUCACUUCCUCCUUUAUGUCUUGUGACACCAAACCGGUGUAACUGUACAUUUCGAACUUGCACAUCCACAGUUAGAAAGAUUUCAUUUUAUAGACUUCAGUUCUCUUCCAGCUGUAUUUCCUUAUAAACCUGAUUCUAAGUGACAGAACGACAAACAAACAACAUAAUUUAGAACGACAACAUAAUUCCAUUUUUAAAAGUGGAAAAAUCUUUCAACAGGUUACAAAUCUCUCAUCAAUACUCCAAAAUCGUUCGUUUUUAUUAGUCGUUGGUUACUCAGAUAAAUGUAACACAUCAUCAUUUGUAUUUUUAUCUUUCACUGUAUUGUCAUCAUCAUCAUCAUCAUCAUCAGUGGAAUCCGACUCUGACGAACUUAAGUCUGACGAACUCGAUUUCGAUAGUCGAUCAACUUCAACGACUCCAUCUUCAUUAUCAUGAUUAUUUCCCGCAUCAGUAUUAUUGGGCUAUCUUGAGAACAAUACAGGCAGCAGAUGUUUGUAACUCAAUUAGUACUAUGUAUUUACUUGUUAUUGAGAAUGUUCAUAUUUAGAUACCUCAAAGCCGGACUAUUUUGUUGUACAUCAAGGUAAUCAACAGAUGUCGUUUGCUGUGUAGAACAUUUUGUUGCCUGUGCGAGACUAGAUGGUAAAGGCGAAGAUCAUGAGUUUAAAAUUGAAAGAUUCGUUAAUGAUGAUGCUGGUUGCGCGACAGAGACUGAUAGUGAUGGAGGUGAUGAAUAUAAAACUGGAAUGUUCCCCAAUAAUACUGAUGCGGGAAAUAAUCAUGAUAAUGAAGAUGGAGUCGUUGAAGUUGAUCGACUAUCGAAAUCGAGUUCGUCAGACUUAAGUUCGUCAGAGUCGGAUUCCACUGAUGAUGAUGAUGAUGAUGAUGACAAUACAGUGAAAGAUAAAAAUACAAAUGAUGAUGUGUUACAUUUAUCUGAGUAA